AUGCCGACAACAAUCACCUCCGACCAGGGUGUGGUGGUCGCCGGAACAGAUGCGCUACUGAUGAGUUUACGGCGCCUGGCGUAUCCAAACAGGUUAUGUGACCUAGAAACAAUCUUCGGACACCACACAUCGACACUUUCAAGUGUACUCAAGCAUGUGUUCGCCCAUAUAGACGGAACGUUUGGACACCUGUUAGACAAGCUAAACAACCACACCUGGCUCACGUUGGACACCCUUGAGUUGUUUGCUGAGGCUGUGCACGCUAAAGGGGCCCCAUUGAGAAACUGUUGGGGUUUUGUGGAUGGGACGGCGCGUGCCAUCUGCCGACCCUCCCUUAACCAGAAGGUGUAUUACUCCGGCCACAAGCGUCUUCAUGCCAUAAAGUUCCAGGCUGUGGCUGCUGCAAAUGGCAUAACAUGCGAACUUGAUGGCCCUUACCAGGGGCACAGGCACGAUGCAGGAAUUCUGCGAGAAUCCCAUCUGUACGAGAACCUUCAAGAACUGGUGCAAGGUCAUGAAUUUGUCAUCUACGGGGACCCUGCUUAUCCACUGUGUCCCCUGCUAAUGACUCCAUAUGCUGGAUCCCAUCUGAAGGACUAUGAAAUGGAGUUCAACAAAAAGAUGAGCACUGUGAGGCAAGCAGUCGAAUGGGGAUUUGGGAAAACAGUACGGGAGUUUGCGUUUGUGGACUUCAAAAAAAAUCAGAAGCUUAUGCUCCAGAAUGUAGGUCAGCUUUACAGAGUUGCGACAAUAUUUGCUAAUUGUCACACUUGCCUCUAUGGUAGCCAGGUAACAGACUUUUUUAAUCUUGAGGUGCCUGCGCUUGAAGGCUACCUGCGUCCCCUUCCCACCACUGCUUAGUGAAUACCGAAAAGACGAGUGAAAGCGACCUCGAUUUCAUUUCAUUGUACCAUGAUAGAGAAUCAGGCCUCUAGAGGCAAGAUGAGAAAGAGGGGGAAUUCAGUCAUCUUGUAUCAGUAACUGGUGAGGUGAAAAGUAUUAGUUUUUCUGUAACAUAUAUGCUGCCACUACCAAGAUGUAGUGACUCUGGACACUUUAAAGGGGUUGUAACAAGCCAUCUGAGGUUAAACGUAAAGGACAAUUCUGUGCAGAUGUGAAAUGGCAUUCUAAGAUUUACAGGAAAGAAGUAAUACAAGCAUAGAAAAUUGAUGAUGAAAGAAGGAAGUCACUGAAAAGGUUAGCCAGCUGUAGGACGUGAA